GAGUCGAGUCGAGCUCGUUAUUAUUACUUCGAUUGCUAAGAAGAAACUCUCAGUCUCUCAACCACCUCUCUUUGCUCCAGAUCGAUUCGAGUUCGAGGUGCUCGAUAUAACCUUUAUCGCUGCCUUUUUCAAUUGGUGGUUGCUGGUUCUUAUUUCUCAAUAAAUCAAGAUGGUUGUUCUGGCUGCUUCCAUUGUAGGCAAGUCUGGGAAAGUGCUGGUUUCUAGGCAGUUUGUGGAUAUGUCUCGUAUUAGAAUUGAGGGCCUUCUUGCAGCUUUUCCCAAGUUGGUAGGAACAGGAAAACAGCAUACAUAUAUUGAGACAGAAAAUGUGCGCUAUGUGUACCAGCCCAUUGAGGCUUUGUACUUGCUGCUUGUGACAAACAAACAGAGCAACAUCCUUGAAGACUUGGAGACUUUGAGGAUGCUCUCUAAGCUUGUACCUGAAUAUUCUUAUUCUCUAGAUGAAGAGGGUAUAUGCAAGACAGCUUUUGAGCUGAUUUUUGCUUUUGAUGAAGUCAUCUCUCUUGGGCACAAGGAAAAUGUAACUGUUGCACAGGUUAAGCAGUAUUGUGAGAUGGAGAGUCAUGAAGAGAAGUUGCACAAGCUGGUAUUGCAGAGCAAGAUUAAUGAAACUAAGGAUGUUAUGAAGCGCAAAGCCAAUGAGAUUGACAAAAGCAAGAUUGAGAAGGGCAGAGGUGAUAAGGGAGGGUUUAUGUCUUUACAGUCGAUGGGCUCUGGAAGGAUUGAGAAUAACUUUAGUGAUAUGAGCAUAUCUGGCGGUGGUGGUGGUGGUUUUGGAAGUGGUUCUGGGUUUGGAUUGAGCACUGAUAUUGAAUCCUUUUCUACUAAGUCAAAAGGCCGUCCACCUUCAUCAGCAACUGCUCCUCCAAAAGGUUUUGGCAUGCAGCUUGGUAAAUCUCAAAAGACAAACCAGUUCUUGGAAUCUUUGAAAGCAGAAGGCGAAGUCAUUCUCGAGGAUGUGCAGCCGAAAGCUAGUCAGUCCAGAUCAGCUGCUCCACCACUAACUGAUCCCAUCACUUUGACUGUUGAGGAGAAACUCAAUGUGACACUGAAACGAGAUGGUGGAGUCAGUAACUUUGAUGUGCAGGGAACAUUGGGACUCCAAAUUCUUAACCAAGAAGAUGGGCAUAUCCAAGUUCAGAUUGAAACUGGUGGGAAUCCAGGCAUCCUUUUCAAAACGCAUCCUAAUAUGAACAAAGAAUUAUUUUCCAAUGAAAAUAUUUUAGGCCUUAAGGACCCCAAUAGGCCUUUCCCCACUGGUCAGAGUGGUGAUGCAGGAGGUGUUGGUCUUUUGAAGUGGAGAAUGCAAACCACAGAUGAGUCGAUUGUGCCAUUGACGAUCAACUGCUGGCCCUCUGUUUCUGGAAAUGAAACUUAUGUCAGCAUUGAAUAUGAAGCUUCAUCAGUGUUUGAUCUGCGAAACGUUGUGAUCUCGGUACCUCUUCCAGCUCUUCGAGAAGCACCUAAUGUCAGACAGGUUGAUGGUGAAUGGAGGUAUGACUCAAGAAAUUCCAUUUUGGAAUGGUCCGUACUUCUUAUUGAUGACUCAAACCGCAGUGGAUCGAUGGAAUUUGUCGUUCCCCCAGCAGAUUCAUCUGUGUUUUUCCCCAUUUCUGUGCAAUUCUCAGCUACUAAUACAUUCAGUGACCUGAAGGUUUUGAAUGUCAUCCCCAUCAAGGGUGGAGCCCCUCCCAAGUUUGCUCAAAGAACACAGUUGAUUACAGACAAUUACCAAGUAGUGUGACAGGUUUUUAUAUGUUACUGGAUUAUGAGUAUUUAAAAAUGAAUCAGCAGUUUUCUUCCAUUUUUGUAUCUUAUUCUCUCAAAAAGUGAGAUCUGUGAUGCUGGACUUGUUAUUUUCACUGAUAUGAACCUCAUUCUUCUCAAUUUAGGAUGUUUAUGUGGGUUCUUUCUGGUUCCUACUUUCUCGGUUGUUGUAUAUGUGCGACUCAUUCUGCAUUCCAAUUCUGUCAAGUCCAGAUUCUGUGAAUCUAUUUUUUGUUAUACAGAGUGUUACAAACCUAAGCAAUUUUGUCGAGUUCAUCUCCAAAUCUUUAUUCUUCAAAUUAUUGUGCCUU